AUGGCUUGCACAGCAUUGAGUCUAGACGAUUUUUUGGGCUUGGAGUUUACGCCCAAAAUGACUCGAAUGGACUAUUUACUGCUUGUUUCUGAAGUUGCCUGGUUGAAAUCCUUGAUUGGUGAAGAAGACAACUUAAUUGCUGAACGACACGAACAAUUCCGUCUCAAGAAAGAAGAAAGGAUCACUCACAAUAUUAAGUCCAUAUUGUCUUCAUUCCCACAUGUUCUUGACCAUCAAGAAAAUUCAAUUCUUGGUUUUGUCAUCCCCAAGGGGAAACGAUCAAUGCGGAACACUAGGGCAAGAAAAUUUACUGAGCAAUUCUUCUGCAAUGGUGGAAAAUCGAUGAUCAAGAAAGCUGUGGAAAAUAACUCUGACGAAAGGGAAAUCAAUUGGGGUGUUGGUGUCAGCGAUCAAGAAUUCUUUCGUCUCGAAAAGUCGUCACAAAAACGUGUAGUGCAAGAGAACAGAGUGUUCAAAAUCAAUAGGAGGGGCAGUGAUAAUUUUGCAUUAGAAAGACAAUUUCCCAUUAUAAGAAAAAGAUCACGCGAAUUAGCCAAUGAAGAUCAACAACGCUUCAGAAAGAAGGCAAAGAGGAACAUUAUUGUUAGGGUUGAAGUCCCUCCUGUUGCAAUAAUCAACAGAGAAUUGGAUAUUGAUUUCAAGAAAAAGAUUGAUCAAACAGGGGGUUCACUUGAAUCAGUUAAAUUGGUGAUUGAAAAAAGACUAUUCAUGAGUGAUGUUAAACGAGUAGAGGGCAGAUUUUCAAUCCCACAAAAACAGGUGAAUUCUGUGUUUCUUGAACCAGAAGAAGAUGAACGUUUGAACAUGCGCAAUGGGGACAAUAUGUGUGAGAUGAGAGUGAAGUUAAUCGAGCCUUCGGGUGAAAUAGGUGAAAUCAAUCUGAGAAAAUGGUUCAUGAACAAAGAAAAUGGAAACACAAGUUUGAGUUAUGUGUUGGUGACUUACUGGAAUGAAGUUGUGAAAACGAAUGAUCUGAAAAUUGGUACUAAGGUGCAACUGUGGGCAUUCAGAAAGAGUACUGACUUGUGUUUUGCAUUGGUGAAACUUGAAGAUUGA